AUGAGACACCUGAAACUGCAAUGGAGCUGGCUAGCCAUUUUGCUGGUUUCAUGCCUAAGGACGUAUGCAUCAAGUACCUCUAAACCCAAUAUUUUACUGAUGAUGGCUGAUGAUCUUGGUUUGGGGGAUGUAGGCUGCUAUGGCAAUGAUACACUAAGGACCCCUAAUAUUGAUCAGCUGGCAAAGGAAGGAGUGAAACUUACUCAGCACAUUGCUGCGGCUCCACUUUGCACGCCAAGCAGAGCUGCUUUCCUGACUGGCAGAUACCCUAUCAGAUCAGGAAUGGGAUCCAGCACUAAACAGCGUAUUCUUUAUUGGACUGGUGGCUCAGGAGGGCUCCCUCCAAAUGAAACAACUUUUGCCAGAAUACUGCAGCAGCAAGGUUAUACCACAGCACUUAUAGGAAAGUGGCAUCAGGGUAUGAACUGUGAAUCCCACAGUGAUCACUGCCAUCACCCUUUAAACCAUGGCUUUGACUAUUUUUAUGGCAUGCCUUUUACCCUUGUGAAUGAAUGCCAAAGUACAGAAAAUCGUCGCUUCAACGCAUUGGUGCAAGCUAAAUAUUGGCUUUACAGUCAGAUAAUUGCCCUUACAGUGCUCACACUUUUGAUUGGAAAACUGACUGGCUUAUUCUUGGUAAAAUGGAAAGCAAUCAUCUGCUUUGCCCUGUGUGGUUUCCUGUUUUUCAUCUCCUGGUUCUCCAGUUAUGGAUUUGUAAAGUAUUGGAACUGUAUCCUGCUGAGAAACCAUGACAUUAGUGAACAACCAAUGAAGCUAGAAAAAGCCACUUCCAAUGUACUUAAGGAGGCUGUUUCAUUUAUUGAACGAAACAAGCAUGGCCCAUUCCUCCUCUUUGUUUCCUUUUUACAUGUCCACGUACCCCUCGUCACCACAGAGAAGUUUCUUGGGAAGAGUAGACAUGGUUUAUAUGGAGAUAAUGUAGAGGAGAUGGACUGGAUGGUGGGCAGAAUUCUGGAUGCUAUUGACAAAGAAGGCUUGAAGAAUAACACAUUCACUUAUUUCACAUCUGACCAUGGAGGACACUUGGAGGCUCAAAAACAAAAUACCCAAUUAGGUGGUUGGAAUGGAAUAUACAAAGGUGGAAAAGGCAUGGGAGGCUGGGAAGGAGGGAUCCGUGUGCCAGGGAUAUUUAGAUGGCCGGGAGUAUUGCCUGCGGAUACAGUUAUUAAUGAACCUACAAGUCUUAUGGACAUUUACCCCACAGUGGCUCACCUGGCUGCAGGGAUAAUGCCUCAGGACAGAGUGAUCGAUGGCCGAAACCUGAUGCCUUUACUGCAGGGAAAAGUUCAGCAUUCGGAGCAUGAGUUCAUGUUUCACUACUGUGGGCUAUAUUUACAUGCAGUACGGUGGCACCAAAAAGACAGUGGUGCACUGUGGAAGGCUCAGUAUACAACUCCAAUAUUCCAGCCAGAGGGUGCUGGAGCCUGUUAUAGAAGUGGAUUGUGCUCUUGCUUUGGGGAAGACGUAACCCAUCAUGACCCUCCUUUGCUCUUUGAUCUCUCCAGCGACCCUGCUGAGAUCAAACCUCUGUCUCCUGCCACUGAGCCCCUGUUUGACACAGUAAUAAGCAGAAUAGAAAGAGCUGUUCAGGAGCAUCGCCAGACACUGACUCCAGUGCCUCAGCAGCUCUCUGGGUACAACAACGUCUGGAAGCCCUGGCUGCAACCGUGCUGUGGGACAUUCCCAUUUUGCUGGUGUGACAAAGAAGGUGACAGUCACCAGGAAAUUCUUUAA